CAGUUGAUGCUCGCGCGCCGGACGCUUCGCACGUGCCUCCCAGGAGCUCCGCUGCUCCCACCGUGGCCCGCCGCUCUGCCGCACGGACACGCAAGGCCGACGUGACCCCUUCGGCAGCGGCAAUUCGUCGUUGGAACCCCGGCACCUCUCCGCAGUCGUCGCUGUCAAAACACCGUACCAGCACGAUUGCCGGGCGCGGCCGUGACACGAAGUGAGGAACAACUCUCUUGUUGGCGCUCCUCCGCGCUGCAGGGCGUCGAAGUUUGUCGUUCGCAGUCGUUCUAAUAGCAUGAACUGAGAAAGGCAAAAGAGCAAGAAGUUGUUGGACAUUUAUUGUUCUUGUUCGGGUUUUUUUUGUUUGUUUGUUUGUUUUUUCCUGUGCGCGGGCGAAAUCGAAGAGUUCCCGAACUGGCCCGGAAGUUGGUGUUCGGACGGUGGACUUUGACGCGAAAGUGACGGAGAAAACGCUAGAAAGACACACGUGUUGCUACGCUCAAGCUUAUAUCGGCACCCUCAUUGGGGAGCCAGGAAAUUACCGUGGAAGACUUCACUGCCACUAAAUCUCCGAGGUACACCAGCGCGUCAAGUCAUUUGCACUUACCUGGAAGCCAACUGAGCGUCUUUUACUGGCCACCAAAUGACUGGUCUUUAUUAAGAACCUUCACGAAAAGGGUCGACCAUGGCGAUACAGAGCCAAGGAGCCGACCACUUUCUGGCCGGAAUAUUCGCGCUCUGCCCCGGAGGUUCCACUGCCAAUGAAUGCAGGCAGCUCCCCAUGGUCCAUUGUGCUCGGAGUUGAACGCUGAAGAGACGACAGCUCACGUGACCAAGACUGGUUGCUUCAUCAUCACUAGAGAACAGCAUGCCACUCGGGCAUCUUCGCAUUUACUUUAUUGCUUCCCUGCUGGCGGCUGGAGCAGUGUGCAUGGUCUCGGCGCGGAGGAACCCGUACGAAAAGGCUCCCGGCACGUGCCGUAUGGAAAGCCAGGUGUACCUGGAGCCGCACGUAUUCAGCAGACUGACGUCUGCGCGUUGCUACAAGUACAUGCCCAGCCUGGCCUUCAAGAAUGCCUCCAGGCUCACGUAUUGCCGCAAAGGUUGGCUCUGUCGAGGCGAAUGCGACGGCGAGUGCUUCCAGCCGUACGGCAACGACAGCGACGUUCAGGUCCUAGAGACCUUCAAGAAGGGGCUCUACGCUGACCGCUGGAAGAGCUGCUGCCGGGCGGCGCGCGAUUGCUGCCAGGAGAUGAUCGCCGACGACCAGGCCGGACUGAGCGCGACAAAAGAUGGACUUCACUGUCCCGCCACAUGGGACGGCUGGACAUGCUACAAGGACACUCCUGCCGGGACAACCGUACAGAAGCCAUGCCCCGCGCAUGCAUACUUCAUCACCGAGACGCCACAGUGCAUCAAAAUGUCGAAGAAAACCUGCUGGGAGAACGGCACGUGGUUCUACAGCCAAGAGUAUGGCAAGGAGUACACCUUCUACGACUGCGGCUCACUCGAGUACCACCGCUCCAUGACCAUCUUCUCCAUCGUGCUCCAUUCCCUGUCGGUCGUCGUCUUGGUGCCUGCAAUAGCCAUCUUCUCUGUCUACAAGCAACUGCAAGUUCACCGAAUUUCGCUGCACAAGAAUUUUUGCGUCGCUAUGGUGCUGUACGACAUCAGCGUCAUCCUUGUCGACGCUGUUUUCAUACUGGACCACGUCAGCGAGGAGAAAAACAUACGAGUCAACGAGAACCCGAACCUGUGCAAGGUGCUGUACACCCUCUCUCGCUACUUCCGGCUGUGCCAGUACGCUUGGAUGUUCUGCGAGGGCUUCUACCUGCACAAGCUGAUCGCCUCCGCAUUCGCCGAACAGAAGUCGCUGCUAGUCUUCUACGUCAUCGGUUGGGGUUGUCCCGCUAUUUUCGUCAGCAUCAGCGCCGUCCUCCGAGCAGUGCGGAUUGGACACCCUUGCUGGAUGGAUAACGUCGAAGGAUACAACUGGAUCACUCUGGCUCCGGGUCUCUUCUGCCUGUUUGCAAACUUCGUUUUUCUGUGCAACAUCAUCCGCGUCCUUGUCACCAAGCUUAGGAGUACCCACGCAAACGAGCCUAGCCAGUUUCGGAAAGCCGUACGUGCUGUGCUGGUGCUGUUCCCCUUAUUCGGCAUGCACUUUCUGAUGACGGUAUACCGGAGCCCAGCUAACUGUGGAGCCUGGGAGAUCUACCAGUACAUCAGCAAAGCAUCCGACGGUCUGCAGGGAUUUUUCGUGGCUGUGAUAUUCUGUUAUCUCAACGGAGAGGUGCUGUACCUGUUGAGGCGCUCGUACGGUCGCUACCGGCUACAGCGGGGCUUCUCAAGCCGCAGGGGCAACAGCCUCGCCAUGACCCGCAUGUCCGUGUCAACGCACGUCACAUCGCUUGGCGACUCACUCAACCCCAACAACGGCUCCGUCAAGAAGUACAGCGGCGUACGCAACGGCGACACUGCACCCGAAGAACAGCCCUUGAACUGAGCCGCCUUCUUUCAGUGUCGAGCGCUGCAACCGUAUAAACUAUCCGGCAGCAGCCAAGUCGGUGCUCUGUUUCUCGCCAUUGCCCCAUCCUACUGUUUAACGAACACAGACAUUGUCUUUCUGGUGGUCGCGUCAUCGGGAACGGAGUGCAACGCCUUUUCGUCAAGGGGCCGUAGA